AGUUUUUCUAGAAUCAGUCGCAUCAUCUGACCAAGAUCGUUUGUUAGUUGAUGACAUUUUGACAUAUUACAAAGUUUUUAUGGGAAAUUUAUAUACUUGGAGAUUACAGUCUUUAGCUGAUGAAUUUUUAAUUGAAUUCACUGUUCAAUUUAUGAGAGCAAUAGGAUACGCAGCUUUAUGUAGAAACCUUCCACUCAUCACAAAUUAUCACGAUGUCGAUGCUGUUCCCGAAUUGGAAUUUGUAGUAAAACCAUUUUAUCAAGUGCAUCCAGAACUUUCAUCGGGUGCACCUUCAAAUGCUUUAUUGGAAUUUCAUGUAAUAGAGAAAUGCGGUCAUUUACCACAAGAUGAAAAACCUGAAGAAGUCUGUAAAUUUGUGUAUUAA